AUGUCAUUUAUUUGUAGUGUGGUUUUCUGUCUGGUAGAAGGUUCACCAUUACCUACUCAACGUAUUCUACCAUAUGAAACAAUUGUUAAUUCUAUGUUAAGUAUGUGGAGUACUAAAAGAUCGAGUAUUCCAAUACAAGAAUUAAUUCAAAUUUUUAGUAAUAUUGCAACUUAUAUUCAUGGAAAUUCUGCAUCAAGUCUUAUUCAUGAAGAAAAAAUGAAAGAAAUUUGUGUUCAAUCUAUUAAAGAUUUGGUAACUGCUCGAGGUGAACCACUCUAUGGUUUUCUUCAUUUAACAUUUCAAGAAUAUUUCACUUGUUUAAAACUCAUCAACAUAGAAACUACGAAACGGGAGAAUGAGAACUGUGAUGAAUCUAAUUUACAGAACAAAGUUCAACUCGUUACUCAAUCUGUACGAUAUCAUACAAAUGAUCCACGUUUUCAAGUACCUAUUGCACUUGCUUUAAGCAAGAUUAAUGAAUAUGAUUCUCUUUUACCACUAGGUGCAUAUAUGUUAAUUAAUUGUGGUAAUGAUCUUGUGAAUUAUCCUUCUCAUGAUGUUUUAUUUAAUGUUUUGGAUCGUUUAAUAAUUGCAGCUGGUCAACAUAAAUGGUCAAUUGUUUGUCCGUUUCUACUCGAUCAAAUUAUAAUUUCAUUAAGAAAACUUCGACAUGAUAUUACUUCAUUAUGGAUUAAUAAAUUAUUGUCUCAAUCUUAUCGGUAUGAUAUUCAAACAGUAUCGGGUCUUUGUCAUCUCAUCGAAGGAAAGCCUCAUGAAUUUGAAAACAUUAAAUGGUUAAAUCAAUCAUCUUGUUCGAUGCUUCAAUCCUUGUUGACACUGGAUAAUGAAAAUAACUCAUUUGCUAUUGAUCGACUAUUAGUUAAAAUUGCUUUCUUCAAUCAUCGCUUAUUACCUGUCAAUCCAAGCACUUUCAAAGGAUUUCUUCUUGACAAAGAAGUAGAAUUGAAUUCGAUUCCUGUUAUUUUGUUUCCUAUAAUCAUCAGCUUAUAUGGUGGUUUGAAACGAGAUGGUCCAGAUAUUGUCUUCGAUCCAUUUUAUAUUUAUCGAGAAUCAACUGCCGUGACACCGAUGUUGAUACAUUUUCUUUCUAAAAACAAUCUAAUCGCAUCAGUUGGACCAGCGGAUCGAAAAAUAGUAAACAAUCCGAAUGAAUCAAAUUGGCUUCAUAUAAAUUUUAAAACUUCGAAGACUAAUAAUAAACAUGCCGCAUCAAAAUCUCAUCAAUGCAGAACAAAGAGGGCUCGAACAACAACAUCAGUGGUGCGAAUUCCUCGAUCUCAACUAUCAUCAUGUACUAUUCACAAGUGUCAUGAUCAGCAACAAUCAUCGAACGAUGUAGAACAACCGUUUAAUGAUGAAUUAGUUCAUAAUAAUAUCCAUGCAACAAUUUCAAAUGAUGUACAAAUUGAUCUUGAUCAUUAUAUACAAACAUCACUUUCUUCUAAGACUCUACCAGAUCAACCGUCUUUUUUUGUUUUCGUGAAAUGGGCAUUAAUACCUGAACUAUUUAUUUUUAUUAAUUACCAAAUACAUUUAAUUUUAGCGGUUACCACAUCAACACCAACGACAACAGGUGCUACAACUGUUACAAUUACAUCGGAUACAUGUACGUCAGGUUGGACUGGUGUAACUGUGUUCACACUUUGCACUAGUUAUCCAAAUAUAAAUUCUUAUCAACAAUAUACCGAUACUUAUGUUGCCAUUGGUACUCAAACUCGUAUUGCAUUUGCUUUACGUGAAGAUGUUGGCUUUUUCGGACUUGAUGAUAUAUCCGUAAGAAGCAAUUCCGCAUCAACUGUUGAGUUAUUAACGAAUGGUGGCUUUAAAGGAGGCACUUAUUCACCAUGGAUUUAUUGUAAUCCAUCUGGUUCACCUUAUGCUGGAGUUCUUACAAGAACAUCAGACUAUUUUGCCUACAGUGGUAUAACGUAUUCCGCUCACUCGGGUAGUUAUUAUUAUUUGGAUGGAGCUGUAGGAAAAGCAGAUUAUAUUAGUCAAACGUUUGCAACAAAUAUUGGCGAAACAUACACUAUUUCAUUUUGGUUGUUUAAUAAAGGAAGUGGUUCAAACAGUGAUUUUAGAAUCAUACUUAGUAUUUAA